AUGGUGACGGACGGUGGGGGGUGGACUGUUUUUCAGCGACGUAUGGAUGGAUCUGCUGACUUUUAUCUUGAUUGGGUGGCUUACAAAACUGGUUUUGGUAAUCUUAACGGUGAGUUCUGGCUUGGAAACAACAAUCUUCACCGUAUGACCGCCGCAGAGGAGAUGAAGCUGCGAGUUGCCUUGGAAGACUUUGAGGGUGACGUCAGAUACGCUGAGUACACGACAUUUAAGGUGGCUGACGAGGGAAAUAAAUACCGACUUCGUAUUGGUGGAUACAAUGGCACGGCCGGGGACUCCCUGUUAAGCAAGCAGAGUGCAAAGUAAGAGACGUAAUAUCGAAUUCUCCCAACCUCUCUCGUGUUUAUAUCAGGCUAUGCAAACACGGAAAACGUUUUCUAUUGCUUAAAAUAUAUUUUAAAAUAAACAGUUAUUAUUCUACUGUAAUACAAGGGGAAAAAUGGAGUGAACUUUAAAGAAUAAAGGACAAGAGAAUUAGUUUUUCGUUUACAAAAUAAUCGUGUCUACGUCAAUAUAGGAGUCUUCAGUUUGAAUUAUAUCAAGUAGGGUUCCUAUUGUUGAUCUUUUGAAGCGCUUUUUUCUGUCCUUUUUACUUUCUUUUAAGAAUUUGCAGUAUUACGUUCCAAAUUUUGACCCCAACACGCGAGGAAGCAAUUCAUUUGACAUUGAACCGAGAUUCUUUAGUAUGAAAAUGUUCAGGUACCUUUUUUUAAUCUAUAGCAAUAAGAUGUUUACUACAAAGGAUCAAGAUAACGACGGUGCAGAAUCCAAUUGUGCUGUCCGAAGUAAAGGCGCCUGGGGCCCGUUUCUCGAAAGUCCCGGUAACUUUACGGGCCCGAAAUCAAAUAUUCAAAUCAAAAUAUAAAGAAUAAGAUCGCGGGUCCUCGCUAACAAACUGCUCCAUUUUGUUUCACUAACUGACAGUUUUAUCACGUUAGAUGCAAAACUAUUGAAACCUCGAUCUUUAAGGUAAACGGAGACAGCUUACCGGGCCCGUUAAUUAUCGGGACGUUCGAGAAACGGACCCCUGGUGGUACAGGAGUUGUCAUGCAGCCAACCUCAACGGACUAUACCUUAGUGGUCCAACCGAUUCAUCGAGCUACCCUACAGGAAUCACAUGGUAUCAUUUCAGGGGAUAUAGAUAUUCCCUGAAACGUACAGACAUGAAAAUAAGACCUAACACGUAA